AUGUCGCGAUUCGUCGAAAGCACAGCGCGCCUGGUCUUUGGAUGCGUCCAGGCCAGCUCGCGGGCCUCGCCUUCUGCUCCCUUGCGGGGUUCCAGGCGGUAUACUGCGCGUAUACUGGGUGAUACAUUCCCUGCAAGAAGGAGACUAGCACUCCAGAUAGGAGGAGCACUCGCGAUUUCGCUCGGUACAGCCUGGGCUCUGCCGCGGAUACGAAACGAUGAGCUCGUUGAUGAUCCCUCGCCUCCGGCUCUUCAGGCCUCGGCGGGAGGUCUCAUACCUUACGGAGAAGUACAAAAGCACAAUACAGUGGAUGACUGCUGGGUUGUCAUAGCCGGGAAGGUGUAUGAUCUGACCGAGUUUGCACAGUCCGGACAUCCAGGCGGAUCAGCACCGAUCCAUAGAGUCGCAGGAAGAGACGCAACCGCCAUCUUCCAGCCGCUUCAUCCACCAGGAACCAUCGAGAAUGGGCUGGACGAGUCAGCGUUCUUGGGGAUGGUGGAUCCGCAAACGUUGCCGACGGUGUUGAGCUAUGGUGGAGGGGCGAAGACGCAGGGUGAAGAAGGGAAGGAGAGGGAGAUCGAUCUGGCGGAGAUUGUGGGGCUGCCGGACUUUGACGCAGCGGCCAAGGCAAAGUUGACCAGCAAGGCUUGGGCGUACAUGUCUAGCGGAGCUACAGACCAGUACACUCUCGACUUAAACAGGCGCGCAUUCAACCAUAUCCUCUUCCGCCCCCGUAUCCUGGUCAACGUAGAAGAAUGCGACACCCGACGGACAAUGAUGGGCCAAGAAGCCGGCUUGCCCUUCUUCAUCUGUCCAACGGGGAUGGCGGGGCUCGCUCAUCCGCUCGCAGAGAGAGCCGUGGCCAGGGCAGCGGGCGAGGCGAAUGUCAUCUACAUGGUCUCCACCAACGCCUCAACACCACUCGCCGAGAUCGUCUCGAACGCAUCCCGGCCAGAUCAGAAGUUCUUCAUGCAGCUCUACGUGGACCGGAAUCGGCCCAAGACCGAGAAGCUAUUGGAGCAGAUCAACGGACUGGGGAUGAAGGCUAUCUUUGUGACGGUCGAUGCUGCUGCGCCAGGGAAGCGGGAGGCGGAUGAGCGGAGCCGAGCUGAGAUCGAAGUGGCGUCAGGCGUAUCAGGCGGCAAGAUCGCCCAAGAUUCCAAAGGAGGCGGGAUAGGCCGGUCCGUCGGCGGCUUCAUCGACCCCAAGCUGAAUUGGGAGGACUUGAAGUGGUUGAGGAGACAUACGGACCUUCCGAUCGGGCUGAAGGGGGUCCAGAGUGUAGAGGACUGUAUCAAAGCUGCGGAGCUUGGCGUCAACGCUAUUUACCUCAGUAAUCACGGUGGCCGAGCGCUCGACACUGCUCCUCCUUCCCUAUACACCCUGCUUGAAUUGCGCCGCCUCGCUCCGCAGGUGUUUGAUAAGUGCGAAAUCUAUCUCGACGGCGGUGUACGACGCGGCACGGACGUUAUCAAGGCGUUGUGUCUCGGGGCGAAGGGAGUAGGGAUGGGCAGGCCGUUCUUGUAUGGCUUGACGUAUGGCAAGGAAGGGGUCACCCAUGCUAUUGAGAUCAUGCGGGAUGAGAUCGAGACCACGAUGCGGCUGCUCGGUGUGACCAAGCUGGAUCAGCUCGGUCCACACUUGCUGAAUACGAAGGCCUUGGACACUCAGAUCAUGGACCAUAUCCCUUCUCAGGCGUAG